AUGGAGGCUUUUAAGGAUGGGCGCACUCUGAACAUCAAGUAUGCGUGGCCGCUGGUCAAGAAAGCCAAGGACAUUUUCGCCAAGGAGGCAACCAUCCAGGCGAGUCUUGUUUUAGGGUCUGCAUUUGCUGGAGCAGCAGCGGGUGCUGAACGACCCUUUUCUCUCGACCUUCACGUGCUCCAUCAGGACACAAGGAGGCGUUCUUGCCUGGAAAACGAACACAUACAGAUGGUUUCCUACCUACACACCAACAACGCAGAAAUUUACCCCCAACGGGGUGGGCUCGUUUCGAUGCAGGAGUGCGGGGUCGCGGUAGACGGCAAGAUGACGGUCGUGGGCGACAUCCACGGGCAGCUGCAGGAUCUCUUCUCCAUCUUCACCAUCAACGGAAUACCCUGCCCCCAGAACCAUUACAUAUUCAACGGAGACUUCGUGGACCGGGGGCCCUGUGGAUCGGAGGUGCUCUUCACUCUCUGCGCGUUCAAGGUGAUGCAGCCUGACUGCAUUCGGCUGAACCGCGGGAACCACGAGUCGAGGCAACAGAACAAGAUCAUGGGCUUCGAGGAAGAGAUUUUCGAGAAGUACGCGGGUCCAAACGGUAGGCUGCUACUCAGGGCGUGCCACCAGCUCUUCGACGCGCUGCCCCUCUGCGCUCUUAUACAGGAGAGAAUAUUCGUGGUCCACGGGGGGCUCUUCCCGCACGACGGCGUAACCUUGAACCACAUCAAAGGCAUGAGCCGGAAGAGGGAGCCGCCUAUUCACGGGAACUCCUUCGAGGACCAGGCGCGUGGCGCGAACCAGUCAUCCAUUGAGGAGAUAUUCGAGGCGAUGCUCUGGUCGGACCCGCGACCUAUCCAGGGCCGCCAGAUGUCGGCCAGAGGAGCCGGGGUCGAGUUCGGGCAGGACAUCACGCACGAGUUCCUCAGGACGAACCACGCGGCCCUCAUCAUCCGCAGCCACGAGUGCGUGAGGGAGGGCUUUGAGCUCCUCCACAGCGGCCGCCUGAUCACGCUCUUCUCGGCGAGCGACGACGCAACUGCUGUGACCAACAAGGGAGCGUUUCUCACGAUCGGGCCGGAGCUUCAGCCGGAAAUACAGCAGUUCUACGCGCACAGUGUGUCGGAGACCUGCUUCGACCAGGACACGAUGCAGCGAGAGACGGAAGAACGGCUGGAAACGGAGGCGGUAAAUAUGAUCAUCGAGAGGCUGCUCGAUCUCAAGCCCAGUCUCUACUGGCACUACACCCGCGAGGACCGAACGAAGAGCGGCCGGGUGAGCAAGGUGCAGUGGGCGAACGGCCUCAACCUAGUGCUGCAGCUAGAUGUACCGUUCCUCAGCUACGUGGAUCGGUUGGCGGAAGUGGAGGAGGACGGUUCGAUCAACUACACGAAGUUUCUCGAGAGGUAUCGCGUCCAGGUGAGUGGACUCAACGCCGAACAGUGGCAGGACGCCAUCGUGGACCAGAUCUGCGAGCGCAUCUUCGUGGCUAUGGGGGCGGGCGACGUGCAGUCGGCGUUCGACUACUUCGACGUCGAUGGGGACGGCAACAUCGAGUACGAGGAGUUCGUCAACGCUCUCAAGGCGCUCGAGAUCGGGCUCAGUGAUGACCAGGUGUUCGAACUGAUGCGAGGGUUGGACAAAGACUGUGAUAGCACCAUCGACUUGGAGGAGUUUGCCUCGAGAUUUUCGCCGGUUUUCACGCGCCUCAACAUAAAGCACGACGAGGAGAUCACGAAGGCCAUCGCGGGCAGGAGGUGCAGCCUUGUUCUGACACCUACACAAGAGAACCAAAUGGUGGAGCUCAUCACCAAGCUGCUAAAGCGAUACAUGACGAUGGAAAAGGCUUACGGGGAGCUGGACAAAGAUGACGUAGGGUUCCUGACUUACGACGAGCUAGCAGACAAGCUCAUUGCCUUGGGCACGACCUUGGCAAAGGCGGACCUAGUUUCGCUCGCUGCGGAUAUUGACACCGACAACGACAAAAAGAUCAGCAAGGCCGAAUUCAAGCGGGCUUUCCGGGUGACGGACAGGAGGGGUAGCGUAGGGCGGCAGAGCAUCCAGAUCGCAAAUCCGGACGAGCUCGCAAAGCAGCUCAAGGCACAAGAAGAUGAGCGUGAAAGGCAAGUACCCCCAUCAUUCGAUCUCGACGGGGAUGGCUCUGUCGACAGAGAGGAAUUCCGCUUCGGGAUGCGCAAAAUGAACCAGGUGUUUUCGAGCCCGCUAACUGACGAUCAGAUUGACGCCAUCAUGGACGCGCUCGACACGGACGGGGAUGGCACCUUGUCCUACAACGAGUUUCUGGCAGGCUUUACCGUGGUGGACACCACCAAGUCGACGCCUUCGUCGUCUGCACCCUCGUCGCCACCAAAGACGCCCUGA